GUUUCUUUUUUGUUAAAUUUGCAUUGCUUCAGCUUAGAAUCAUUUUUGAAAUUUCUGUAUAAAAAGUAGUCAUUUAACACAAGGCAGCCAUGUCCAUAAUGCCUGAUACGGACGCCAAGCGCGAGGAUGGCACGAAACCCCGGCUGUUUGAGAGUGCCGAGCUUGACAAGAUGGCCAUGCAUUUUGUGGGGAAUCUAAACAGAUAUCGUGAGAACAUAGUGAUACCCAAGUCCAAUGGACCAGUGAAAAUAAAAACAAACGAAGAGAAGUUUAUCGAGACCGCCGUGGAGAGUUGUGGCUUCAAGUCGACAAUGGCCUGUGUUAUGGGUUACGGCUUGGGCGCCGCGCUAGGACUGUUUAGCGCCUCGGUAAAUCCAAACAUGUCGGAUCCGUUUGCCAAUGAGAAGAAACAAACAGCACGCGAGGUGUUGCGAGAAAUGCGACAAACAACACAUUCGUAUGCCAAGAAUUUUGCACUAAUUGGCGCCGUGUUCUCCAUUGUGGAAUGCACAAUUGAGAGUAAACGCGGCGUCACAGAUUGGCGCAAUGGCACCUACGCGGGCGGCAUUACCGGCGGUUUGAUUGGUCUAAGAGCUGGCAUCAAGGCUGGAAUAAUUGGCGGAUUAGGUUUUGCAGCAUUCUCCUCAGCGAUAGACUACUACAUGCAUCAUAGAUAGUUGCAGCCUGUUAAUGUUGUUCUUGCAUAAAUGUUGUAUUUUUAAUUACAAA